GGCAGUGUUGCCACCAUUUUGAAUUUCAAACACAUAGUUAAAAAGUAAUCGUGUGCGUUUGGAGUGCGGUGCGGAAUGAGAAUGAUGGGUGAGGAGAUGGGCUACGGCGACUAUUACAAUUAUGACAGCAGCUGGGCCCCGCCGGAGUACUAUGACCCCAACUACCAGAUGCGGCAGCCGCAGGAGGAGGACUAUCGGUACAACUCCUAUGCCCUGCUAGACAGCAUGAAGAUGCCAGGCCAGCGGCCCGGGUUCCAGAUCUCCGACAUCCUGGGGCUCAACGAGGGCAAGCUGGAGCCCCCGCAGGGCGCCUGCCCCGAGCUGCCCCACCCGCCCCACCACUACCCAACCGAGCUGCUGCGCCACCACCAGCCCUGGCUGUCGCUCGACCACCACGAGACCACUGGCGUCUUGGGCCAGCAAGCCAGCCCGGACAGCACGUCCCGCGCCUCCGAGCUGUCGUACGCGGGCCCGGCGGCCGCGUCGCCGCCCGCGCCCGACCCACGCGACGACGACGACCACGACGUUGACCCCGACGACGACGACGCCGACCACGACCACAUCAACAACAACACCGACCCCGCCAUGCACCACAAGAAACGCAAGCGACGAGUACUCUUCUCCAAAGCGCAAACCUACGAACUAGAAAGGCGGUUCCGCCAGCAGCGGUACCUAUCCGCCCCCGAGCGCGAACAUCUCGCCAGCCUCAUCCGCCUGACUCCCACGCAGGUUAAGAUCUGGUUCCAGAACCACAGGUACAAGACGAAACGCGCGGUGCAAGAAAAAGGAGCGCACGAGCUGAACGUCGGAGGCUUGAGCUCGCCGCGGCGGGUCGCCGUCCCGGUGCUAGUGAAGGACGGCAGGCCCUGCCUGAGCAAGCCGGAGCUGCCGCCGCUCGGCAUGGGGCUGCCGCCGUACCAGCCGCUGCACCACCAGCCGCCCGUGUCGGCGCACGGCCCGCAGCCCGCGCCCUGCUGGUGGUAACCCGCCCCCGCACGCGGUGCCCGCACAGUGUCUACUAGUCCUCACGUCGCCGUUUGCAACGAGCAAACUAAGGCGACGAAGUUUCUAACGUCAAAAUUAGGAGUUUGGAACUUGUUAAAUUAACAAUUAAACUCGAAUAGUAAAUUAAAUUAACGUAAGACCUACUAUUUAAUAAUCGGCAUAUAAGGUAUCUGGAGUUCCUACUUAUUUAUAUUUAGAUAUUCUGAAGUCUUCAGUAGGUAAUCUAAAAUUCUGUAUCGAGUAAAUUAUAAUUGGCAGACGUCGAAUAGCUGUUAGGAGUAGGCCUUAGCUAGUGAUUGAGAACAUUCCAUCUUCAGAAGUGUAUAUUUAUGUAUAAAAACUUGACAAGUAUUAGAUUAAUAUUAUGAGAAAUGACCAGAUUUUAUCAGAAUGCAAUAUUUAGUUUUAAGGUUCAGUAUUAUUAUAGUCGUGCAUAGUGAAUAAUUAUUUAUAUUCCAAAUAAACUACUGUUAUUUUACGUAACUACAUACAUUUUUAUGUAGUUUAGGAGUUGUAAGUUGUACAUAAAUUGUAUAUAACAGAAAAUGUAUCCAGUUACGCAAAUAAAUACCAACAGAUCGGUAUCAGUCAGUCUGCAUCAUUGCUGGUAUCUUAUCUCGCGAGCGACAUCACCCGCGAGGUAAACUCUAUCCAUGUUUGUCCCAUCCACCGUCGGUGCUGCGCACUGCUCCAUUAUUACUUCUGUGUGAAUUUCAAAUAAGCUAAUGGAAAUGUGUUACAUGAUAAAUAAAUUAUUAUCAAAAAAUAAGUAAAUGAUUGAAAAUAUA